AUGAAGACAUCCAAGUACGCGCCGAAGACGCCAGCGGAAACUAUCGCACAAUCACGAACCGAAAAACUGAAACAGGACAAAGAGAGGGCCACACGGUUGUUGGGGCGGCUACGUUGGAAAGCAGAGCUACUCAUGGUGUCAUACUAUAGGACUUUGGAGAUUGUACAGGCUGAAGUUCAGCAAAACGGGAAUGAAGAGUUACACCACUCUAUGGAAAGUGGGGCCACGAGCCGGCAGGCAGAUUCCAUGUUCAAAGUUGACUUCUUCGAAUGGUAUACCCUCCUAGAACGUUACAUGACCGACAGUCUUGCUGUAUUCGGCUUUAGUAUCUCUGCAGCUGCUCCUCGCAACAACGUGAACGCUCUCCGAUACAUCACCAACCCAGACCUCCACAGAACACGGCCGCUGGCUUCCCACGCCUUCCAUGCUAACCUGCUCGAGGCUUUGGAUGACGAGACAUGUCCGCUUCAUACCUCUCUUGGAGCUCAGGAUGUUCGCAUACAACUGGGUUUAGCAAAGGACUUUCGGAACGCAUGGAAGGACGCUGAGGAGAGGGUUGCUACAUCAUGGGAAACCAACAACACCGACUCUCGCAAGGACAUAAGGCUCCAUGAUUUGCAGCUCGAACUCAUGCUGAGGACUAUUAUUGCAGGCUGUGAGCACGCUCAUGGUGCGGUACAGGAACACACUAACGUUACUAUGAACUACAAUAACCUCACUAGUCGAGAUUUUGAACCUCAGACGUACGGUUACUGUAGUAUGGAUAUAGCAGAUACCCCUUUCGAAUACAUGGAUGACGCCAUGGAUCUGGACUAG